AAAAAUAUUUCCUAAUAUAAUCGAUUAGGGUUUUAAUUUCAAAGUUAUCUACCACGCUGAAUCAAUCUUCAAUGUGGAGGAUAUUUACAAAAGACAUUUCAGAACUUGAAAAAGCAGAAUAUAAAGCCAUUGAAGAAGUGGAGUCUGAACAAGAAACCGCUCUUUACAGAUGUUUCAACUUACGAGACAUUUGCCAAUAUGAGAGGAGACAGCCAAAGGUCACCUCUACUGACAGAUAGUGUGGAUAACGAUAUUUCAAAGCAAACACAUAUCUACCCUCCACUGGAUGCCAGCAAUGAUGAUUUUGACUCAGAAUCGAACGGGAGUAGUGAGGGGGAGGAAAUACAAAUUAGAAGAGACGGAGGACAUACUACAAGUAACAUCGGGACAUUGAUGCAUCUACUGAAAGGCAACAUUGGAACUGGACUCCUUGGGUUGCCAUGGGCGAUAAAACAUGCAGGGAUCAUAGCUGGCCCGAUCAUGCUUCUAAUAAUGGCCGUCAUAUGUGUGCACUGCAUGCAGGUUUUAGUAAAAUGCUCGAAACAUUUUUGCAGGAAGCUCGGCAUCUCUUCUCUCGAUUAUGGUGAAGUCAUGAUGCAUAGUGUCGAGUACGGUCCAAUACGUCGACUCCAACCACAUAAACAUAAAGCAAAAAUGAUUGUGAACGUCUUCCUUAUGAUCACACAACUUGGGUUCUGCUGCGUUUAUUUUGUAUUCAUGGGGCAGAAUAUAAGACAGGUUGUAGCAUUAUACUGGAAAAACGCACCAGAGGAUCGAAUUUUCAUGGCAAUGUUAGCUCUACCUGUCGUAUUACUGACGUUCAUUCGCAAAUUAUCAAUCCUUGCCUGGUUCUCGUCUGCUGCCAAUAUUGCUACAAUCAUAUCAUUGUGCAUCAUCUUCAGAUAUAUUUUACCGGAUCUACCGUCAUUUUCCUCUCGUCCGUUUGUUGCUAGUUUAUCUGAAGUGCCAAUGUUCUUUGGAACCGCUAUAUUUGCCUUCGAAGGAAUUGGAGUGGUUCUUCCGAUAGAAAAUGCGAUGCGAACUCCCGAGCAUUUCCCUUUAAUCAUCUACCUUGGCAUGGCCCUGGUAACUUGCCUAUAUACGAGUGUGGGAAUCAUUGGCUACCUCAAGUUUGGCGACGCUAUUUGUGGAAGCAUAACAUUAAAUCUGCCUGUCGGAGAUCCGUUUUACGAACUUGCAAAGAUUCUGUUUUCAUUUGUAAUAUUCGUGAGUUACGCUCUACAAUUCUACGUCCCGUUUGAGAUAAUCUGGCCAGCGAUGAAAUCAAAAUGUCAGCCUCGCAGUGUUUGGUGCGAGUUGUUCACGAGGAUGACGCUUGUCAUUAUGACAUGUUUAUGUGCGAUUGCAAUUCCAAACAUCGGUGAUUACAUCGCACUAAUUGGGGCUUGUUCCUCCUCGUUUUUGGCGUUGAUUUUCCCCCCGAUUAUCGAAUCUAUGACAUUUCAUAGCAAAGCUGGGGAAACCUAUGUUGAAUACACGAGCCCUUCUGAACAAGACUUUGCUGCAGAUGACGCAAGUCAGUCAUUGAUUAAUUCUGAAAAUGCAAAUAAAAGUCCUCCAAAGCAACGUUCGUAUCUGAUAUCACAAAACAGUAAAGGACUCAGCUGUUUCACCAUUUUUAAAAACGUACUGAUUCUCUCGUUUGGAAUUAUCGGAUUUAUCGCUGGAAGUAUCGUAUCAGUAAAAGACAUAAUAUACGACUUGCAACACCAUUCACAAACGGACGCGUGUAGUGGAGGCCUCGGCCCGAAUUCUACAAUUACAACUGCAGCUCCUUUUAACCACAGCACAGGAUUUCUUACUUCAACAAUAUCCCCGUUUAAUACGACUUUACAUGAUUUAGUUACAAUGCAUGGCAGGCCUUGAAAAUUGAAUCCUCAUGAUGGAAAUUCCUCUCAAUGAGUUGUUUUUCCUGGCAGGAUAGAUUUGUAUUUUCAAGUCUCAAGUCAAUCACUAUCUACUGGCCCUGGUCCAUAAUAAUGACAGAAAAUCAAAAAUUCCAUUUCUGAAAAAUGUGAUUGAUUGUGGAUUAGAUGGACUUGGUUUUAUGGAAAUGAACUUGAUUAUGGAAAACUUGUAAGAUAAUUGUGUUUUAGUAAUAAUAAUUAUGAAGCAGGCAUCUACAGCCCUGCCUUUGGUGUUUUGGAGCUGUUAUAAGGCCAUAUAUAUUGCCCUAAUUUUUGAACUUUUCAAAUUUUGUGCCCAAACAAUCCUACAAGCAUUACUUCUUUAUAUCAGAAUAAAUAGAAUAUUUUCUGUCUAAUGGCUACAAAAAACUAUUUUCAAUUAUUAUAUUUUGUCUGUUUGAAUAGAGUUUUCUAUAUUCCUGGGGUUCUUUCCCAAACUUGAAUUUAAAAUUUAAAAAAAGGGUGCUUGCUAGAAAAACAGAAAAUUUGUCAAACAGUUUUUUUUUUAUUACAAAUGAUGAUUUGAAAACGAGCGUUAUCCCAUUUGAAACGGUAUACCACAAGUUAACCUUCAAAAUGCUACACGAACUUCGAGCUAGGUUAAAAGUAAGACAAUGAUCUGAAAUGCUUGGACGACAUUUUGAGCAUCUAUGAAUGUAAUAUAUCAUCUCCUCCUAAAAAACUCUGUAAAAGUUAUUCUUUGUAAAAAUAAAUAGCUGUUUGACAAAAUUUCUGUUUUUCUAGCAACCUCUCUGUAUAUACGUUUUCUCAAAACAGUCCAUUCAAGUUUCCCCCCUUUUGAGUUGAACCCCCCAAAUGUGAUCUGCACUGACUAUGUCCAAAUAAGCUAAACUUAAUGUUCAAGUCAAAUCAAAGUGCUCUUUUUAUUUAAAUAUUUAAGGAUAAUCUAUUUGAUCUUAAUUUUUUUUAUUGAAAAUUGCAAUUUUCUUAUUUUUGCUACUUUUUAGUAGCUUAGUGCAAUAACAUUGCUAUCUAUCGUAUAGUACAGGAUUAAUUAAUUAAUUAAAGUCGUUAAGUUAGCCACGGUUGGGCUAAAAUUAAAAAUAUUCUGUGCUUGUCAAAUAAAUCUUUUUCUGGAUGAUUGAUUAAGGGAAUUUACAAUUGAUGUAUCGAGCAUUUAAAAAAAUGUAUAAAAUCGUCAUGUACAUGUUGGAAUGUUGCCGAUUUUUGUUUAAAGAAAUUUCCUCAAAUGAUACAAAAAAUCACAUUUGAGAUCUUUUGACAGCGGUUCUUAACAGGGUGUCUGUGGCCCGCUGCCAAAAGAGAAAUCAAUCCAAUGAACUGAUUAUUAUGGUAAAUUGUGGUGUCACAAAAUAACAAAAAGAAUCCAUUUCAAAAGAGGAUGAAAAAGAGAGGAACUUUUUUUCAAGAAAUACCAGGUGUCCAUAAAGUCCCUUUACAAUUAAAAUUUUGUUUUGAAGUCAGUUCUCAAUAUAUCUUAACCAGGUUUGUUUUUUAAUCAGUAAUUGUUCAAGUAUUUUUACUUCAUUUAAUACAUCUGCGAGGGCCAAAAUUCGCUUUGCAAUUUUGAAAUUUUUUAGGACUUUAUUAACACUCCAUAUUUCCUUCAAGGCCGUAGAAUCAGAGAAAGGUUAUAUAUAUAUAUAUGACUUUGGGUUCGGGAAUAUUUUGAAUUCUGGCAUGUGAUGAACCAUCCAUUUCAAUUGUUGUUGUAUUGUUUUCUAGCAAUUUAUGAUUUGUGUGGUGUGAUCAGUCAUGCUUGAAUCAAGAAAUUGUAAGAAUGAUAAUGUGAUGCUCUUAAAAAAUUUUUUUGUGAGUUUAAUUUGUCGCUAUUUAGUUAUUUAUAUCAGGUCUGCAAAUUGAAGAUUUUGCUGGAGAAAAUUCAGCCAUUUACAAGCAAUUAUUUAAAUUUCAAAUCACAUUUCUGAAUUUUAUUAGUUAGCUGAGAGAUACUAAAUUUCAGUUUUCGCGAAUCUGAAAAUAGAGUAGAAAAUCUGAAAUCCUCCCCCAAGAAAAAAUAAUAACACCUCCAAACUCUGACUAUAAAGCCUUACUUUUAUUUUGUGAUAUCACAACUAUUCUCAUUAAGCUUUGUUCCGAACUAGCACUUGUAAGCACUAUAUUUUAUUGCGAAAGUUAUAUAUAUUUCUGAAUUUGAACUAUUUUCAAGUCUUAUCUUAUUCUCAA